AUGUCUGAUCCAAUAAUUAAAUCCAAAGAGUCGAAGGAUUUGAUUGAUUUUGAUUGUAACUUUAACGAUCCUACUAACAAGUUUUCGGAGAUACAGUUAAUGUUCGACCCCUUAAUUCCGACAUCUGUUACCUCAGAUGAAAACGAAAUAAAUAAUCUUAAUUUCCUUACUUAUCUUACGGAACCUUCCAGUAACUCAAAUGAGUGCAAAAUUGAUCGUGAUUCAUCAUUCGACUUGAUAUUCGAUCAUUCAGAAGAAGAUUCAGUUAGAUCUCAGCUCGUGAAACCAGAUGAACUACUUCUAUCCCACCCAUUAAAGGAUGCUGAUAGUCUUCCUCAAAAAGAUACUUUCGCUGUGUCAGAUGAAGUUCUUCAUUUAGCGUCAGUUGUGGAUUUGAAUGACGGUGACCAUUCAGUAAAGCCCGAAGUUUGCACCAGUUCAGUGGAAGUUGAUUUGAAUGAACAUCAGGAUUUGUUUUCCUUUUUCCAAACUGUUAGUCCAUCGUGUCUUCGCAAAGAUAACACAAAUAUUCUUAAUACUACAACGAUUCAGGAAAAUGAAUUGUCUCCAACAAUAGAGUUGACUCAUUUUAUUGCUAACAGUCAACCUACAGAUGAAUUAAAACUAUUUGUUAAUUUUGUUCAAAGCCUACGACGGAAAAAGUACGAUAGACCAAAAACUUCUACAUUGAUCAGUGAUCUUGACAGUGAUUUUGAACAAAAUGUAAGCAGUUCAGAAACCGUGUAUUCACCUCCAGAUAUUUGGGCAUAUGACUGUGUCUAUAGUGAUUCUUUUACAAAUACGGUGAAAACUUCACAAACAAGCAUUAAUUUUAAUUCGCUAACUUUUGAUUCAUCUGGAUAUGAACAAUUAAAUCCGUCAUGGAAAACAGGAACUGCUUCUUCUAAUGUAUCAUAUAUGUAUCCCAAGUGUAAAGAAUAUCCUAAUUCUCAACAAAAUACUCCUGCUCAUUGGACUAAUGCACCUCGUUGGUGUAUUCCUCAAUUAGAAGUACGCAUUACAGCGCAUUUAAAUGAUAAAAAAAAAUCAUAUCAAAAUUUAACUAAGAAUAAUUCGAAUCAUUCCAUUAGUACAGAAAUUACAAAUGAUUCUCCAGUUAACCCUCGAAUACGUCUAGUUUGUGAUCCUACAACCACAUUCGUCAAUGAACUUAUGUUAGAAGCACUUGCUAAUGAUUUAAUCCCACAAGAAAUUAAUUUUGAUGUCAAUCAGUUUCAAUUACGUCUUCAAGGAAGAGCUGAACUAUUACGUCCAGAUGCUCGCCUAUGUGAUUGUUAUCAGGUUCAGCUGUGUCAUCGAUUAGAUCAACCACUGAAAUUAAUUUUAGAACCAAAAGAUAUUGAUCAACAUUAUAUGAAAAAAACUUUUAGUGAUACUGAGCAAUUCAAUCCUCAAAAUUAUUUCACAAAUAAUCGAUCAAUGCCUACAGAAGAAGAUAUAUUCAUCAGUUAUAGUGUAUUUCAAAAUGCAUUGGAAAAGUUUCGAUCAUGUACUGUGGAAAACUAUGCACAAGUGGACAGUGAAUCAUGGUUGAAAGAAGUUAACUGUGCUAGUUCAAGUUUAUGUCAAUCGGUAAAAGCUGUUGUAAUGGCUGCAUGUUAUGGUAUGGCUUUUUCUGAUGUUAUCAAUGCAUUAGGAAACGUACAAGUAUGUAUAAUGGAUAUUAUGUAUGAUAUUGGUUUAAGUCAUAAAGUAACCGCUUUGAAGCGUCACGAUAUUAAAAAUUUUAACAGUCUCCGUACUGACAAUCAACAGAAUUCUACACAGGAAAAAUUUUUUUCAUCUUAUAGACGAAAGCAGACAAGGACCUCUCCAGCACAGAUAAGCAAUCUUCAAUCUACACCUAAAGAUACAAAUAAAACAUAUAUCAAUUUAAAAUGUGAUAUAAAGUUACAGUCACGAAAAAAGCUAGAUAAUUUAAUUUCAUCAUUGAAUAAAAAUCUUCUUUGUCAACUUAAUGCAUUUUUUAUAUGGCGUCAGCUCAAUAUAUCAGUCAAUCCUCAAUUAAUUUCCUAUAAUAAUUUAUUAUCCAGUGAUGUAUCGGAUGAAUCGUUUAGUUAUUUAACUGAUAAACAAUUUUAUUGUACCAAAAAGGGACGUCCUAAAGCUAUGCUCAUAGCGGAUGAUGAUGAGGAUAACGUUUUCAAUGAUUUCCAACAGUCUGGACAGAAAAGUGAAGUGAGAAGUUCUAUGGAUUGUAUCGAUGCUAUAGUCGUCGGAUUGAUUGCUAUACACAAUCCUCCACCACGUAAAACAAUUGGAGCUUAUAAUUCAAAUAUGAUUCAUAACAAUACAACUGGCAAUUCAUCUUUAUCUAAUGCAUCAUCUCCUAAUCAAACUAAUAAUAAUACAUUAUCAACAAGAACAGAUGGCUAUUAUUGUGUACGUCUUGGUUUAGUGUAUGCUGGACGACCACUGGGCAAAGUGUAUCCCAGUGAACUGACUACUAAUUAUGAUAAUAUAAGUGGUAAUCAUUAUAGAUCAUCACGCUAUAAAAAUCAAUCGAAAGAAAUCACCUGGCCUGACAAUUGUGUAUUACGUGACGAUCAGAAGAAAUGUGCUAGGGAUUAUUUCAUCAGUGAUCCUGGUCGUUUUCAGACAAUUCAGUCUGGUUUUCCUAAAAUGUUACAAUUCGACCAAUGGUUCAAAUUUCCAAGUUUUACGAUUAAUCAACUUCCAAGAGAAGCAAUGCUGGCUAUCAGUUUAUUUUCGUGUAAGAAAUUAAAUCCGGACACUAUUGAUGUUGAUGGAACGUUAAUUGGUUGGGUGAAUGUACCUUUAUUUGAUAUAAAUGGUCGAUUAAAACAAAACACCAUGAUUGUUGGUCUUUGGCCACCAUCGGAAUUUAUGCAUGAAUAUCGGCCUACAUGGUCUCAGUCAAAUAAUUCCCCUGGAUGUCCAGUUGUACAGCUUUGUUUCCCUGAAUAUCAAUACGAAAUUGAAUUCCCUAUUAUUAUCCAAUCAGAAAGUGAAUUAAAGAACUCUGAUAAAAUACCAUUUUCAUCGUUUCAUUCACUUUGUUCCAAUGCAAAACAAUCGAUUAAUGAAGCAAAAUCUGCUAUAUUCAUGCAAAUAUUAAAUCCUGAAUUAUCAUACAAAUCUAUCGAUGCAUGUUUAAUGGCUUAUUGUGCAGCUUCAUCAUCAGUCAGUCGAUCUAAACAACAAGAACAUGUUCCAAUCCCGGUGUUACAGUUAACUGUACUGAAUUCCAUGAAUUCAUCUUUGAAUCAAAAUAAUUUAAAAAUGAUUAGCAAUAGUAGUUGUAAUGGUAAUGUAAAUAAUAUCGGUAGUGGAUCUAGUGGAAACAAUUCUAGUUCUGUUACAAUGAAUAAUAUAAGUAGCAGUAAUAAUAAUAAUAAUAACAAUAAUAGCAAUAAUACUAAUAGUUCUAAUACUAUUAAUAACAAUAAUAAUAUGAUGAAUAAUUUAUCAACAUGUCAUAUCAGUUCGAUUGCUUGUUAUCUACCUUGUCCACCAGCAAUUGCUAUUGAAGUUUUAUGGAAUUUACGUUAUUCUAUAUGUGAUGUACCAGAUGCAAUGAUUGCAUUGAUUAUUAGUUGUUUAGUUAAUUGGCCACAAACAACAAGACAACAUUCGAAAAUUGAUACCAAUAAAUGGUGUUGGCAAAAAUUAUUGGAAGAAAUUUACAGUCUUUUAACAGUCACACCAGUUCCAUAUCCUGGUCUCAUUCUACGUUUACUUUCAUCGGAUGUUGCAGAUCAAGGUAUACGUCAUUGGGCCACUAGAGCAUUAUCAUUACUGUCAUCCGAUAAUCUUCUUUUAUACCUUCCCCAAAUAAUUGAGGCUAUCAAUCAUGAUUUAUACCUUGAUUAUUCUGGUUUAGUAAGUUUAAUCUUACAUAGAGCUGCCUUUUCAAUGAGAUUCGCUAAUGCUUUAUAUUGGUAUCUUUAUCCAAUGCUACAUCAUAAUCAAUCCAUGUCUGAAUGGAAAUUACAACGUUUUCGUUUUAUUCAAUCUGCUCUUUAUUGGAAUGCUGAUUGUAGACUACAGUCUAUGUGGAAACGUCAAGAAGAAAUGAUUCAACACUUGUCUGUAACUGCUACAAAAGUUAAACAAGCUCGACCAAAUGCUUCCGUUCGUGAAGACAUCCUUUAUACACGUUUAAAACAAAUGAUGUCUGAACUGUCAACAGAUUAUUAUCAUAUUUUAUCAACAGCAUCAACGGAAAAAGAAGUAUCAGGCAGAAAUUCUUUAACGUUUCAAUCGACCUCUUGGGCAGAUGAUCAAUUCAUCACUGAUUUACAAAAACAGGAUUCUCAAAGUUCAUCAAACAAAUCUACCGAUAAUAUUCAAUGUGACCAUGAACUAUCUCAAUAUGAUCUUGGUUUAAGAAUGCCAUAUAAUCCUGGAUUGUUAACUCAUCGACUUGAUAUUAAUGCUUGUUCAUACUUUACAUCAUUCACUUGUCCAUUGAGACUUGUAUUUCAUGCAUUGGAUGCCGGUACUGAACCAUUCAUGGUUAUGUUCAAGGCUGGUGAUGAUUUACGUCUGGAUAGUUUAAUCUGUCAGCUGACUUUUCUUAUGGAUCGAAUAUGGUUAGAUGCUGGAUUAGAUUUACGCAUGAUCCAUUUUCGUAUUUUACCGACUGAAGAACAAAAAGGUUUUAUUGAAUUGAUUUCAGAAUGUAGUACACUUCGACAAAUUCAACAACAAGGAGGCGGUUUAACUGGACCUUUCAAAGGAGGUGUUAUCACAAAAUGGUUACAAUCACAAAAUAUUACUGAAUUGGAUUAUAAACGAUCUUUAGAUAAUUUUCUACGUUCAUUGGCUGGAUGUUGUGUAGCAACGUAUAUACUCGGUGUAGGUGAUCGACAUAAUGACAAUAUUAUGAUACGUUAUUCUGGUCAUGUAUUUCAUGUUGAUUUUUCUAAAGUAUUUGGAAAUAGUCAAACAUUUGCUGGUAUUAAAAGAGAUCGUGUACCAUUUGUAUUGACACAAGAUAUGUUGCAUGUAUUGAAUACUUAUUCUAAAGAUGUGACAAAUUUACCGCAUGAUUUAAAUAAUUCAUCCGGUUUCGGUUAUACACCAGGUCAUGGUUCUAGUCAUCAUUCACAAUUCGGUGUACAAAUUUUUAUUGAUAAAUGUUGUGAAGCGUAUAAUCUACUUAGACAUCGUUCAUAUCAAUUAAUUUCAUUGCUUGAAUUAAGUUUAUCAAUGAAUAUACCAGGUUUGAAUCGGGAUUGUAUUCGAUUUGUUUUAAGAGCAUUACGAUUAGAAUUAAAUGAUCAAGAAGCUAGUCAAUAUUUUACUGAAUUAGUUCGUAAAACUUUACACUCAAAAUCUUCUAGUUUGAAUUUCUUUGUACAUGGACUAGCCCAAGCUAAACAAGCUUCACAUGGUGGAGGUGUUUCUGGCACAAAUACAACUGUAACUGAUAAUGGAUCCCCUUCAAGAAUGAACAAUCAGCUCGACAAUCACUGGAAUACAGAUACUAAAAUGAACAAUAGUAAUAAAAUUGAUAAUAACAGUUCAAACAGUAGUGGAAAAAUUAGUAAUAAUCCAAAAAGUCUAUGCCCUCCAACAGUUAGUAAUUCUCUUUCAAAUUAUGCUGGAACAGGACCAAUAUUCAGUUUUAAUCCUAAACGUUUCACAAAUGAUUCAGAUGGUAAUAUUGAUGCAGUUGUAGUGGAGAUCGCAGUGAAAAAGAAAACCCGGGACAAACAUUCUGAUUAUUACUUCCCAAUGAAUGUUUGGCGGGAAAAUUGUCGAGUUCCAGCUAGAGUUUAUCGUCGUAUUUCAGAUUUAGAAGAAUUAGAAACUCGAUUACUAGAAUUUUUUCCAAAUUCAAAUGUUACUAAAACUGUGUCACACAUAAUGAACGCUUUAAAUUCAUUGAGUGUUACUUCUACACGAUCCCAAGAUCAUGUGCAAUCUCUAACAGACAGCUUACUUUCAGAUGAUGAUGUUGUAUCCAAAAGUACAAUUGUAUACACUUUCUUUCACAGUGUAUUAUUCGAUGAAAGAUUUACGGCUGAAGAUAUGGCAUCACAAGUGGUGACCACAUCAACUUCACCAACAUCAUCACCAUUCAAGUAUUGGUCGCCUGCAUCGUUGUUGCAAGAUUAUUUACCUGAAAAAUUUAAAGAAUCUACAACUCCUCUAUUCAUUCCAUCAUUCUCUUCAUCAUCCACAUUCACAUCAACAUCAUUUCAACAUUUGUAUCAUAAUAAUAAUGCCAAUGAUCAUCUAUUGACAUCAACAAUGCAUUGUGUUAAUUAUUUGCCAGCUGUACAUAUUCAAUUGUAUUUAAGUGACAAUGCCAAACGUUUGGAUGUUCUAAUCAAACAUGCCAGAUAUUUAUACAUUCCUGGAUCGAAUGAGCCACCAGAUGUGUAUAUUAAAGUUUAUUUGCUUUCUGGUCGACGUCGGAAAUCAACAAAAUAUAAAACUGACAUUGUACGACGAUCUAGCUUUCCAUCAUUCAAUGUUACUUUUUCCUAUGAUCUCAUUCCAAAUGAUGUACAAUGUGGUUUUGUUGAAGUUUCUGCUUGGCAUGCUGUUAAUAUUGGUGAAAAUAUACCAUUUGGACAAAUCUACAUUCAGCUGAAAUCAAUUCGUCCAGGACGAGUAUACUCACACUGGUAUAUACUAUGCUCGGACCCAACAUGCAUGAGUUAAUUUCUUUAUCAAUAAAACACUAAGCCUUACAUUCUACUCCUUGCUUUCAAUUGAUUUAUUCUUGAUAUCUUUGUUUUUUCUCCUUUUUUUAAAACAAAACAUUCAUCCUAACUUUCUUAAUAUUUGUUCCCGUCACUCACAAAUUUUAUCAGUAACUUAUUUAUUUUAGCUAAGCACGCAUUUUUUGUGCAUUAAGAUCACUCCAGCUGUUUCAUUUUUUUUAAAUGUUUUUGUUGCAACAAUGCAGUUCCUCACACACACACAAAAUACAACAUUACACAUCCAUUCGACAAUCAGCAACCGUUUCUAUUCAUACACCGAACAAAAACCGUGACUUCAUUGCAAAAUACCUAACAUAUCGAUAUUUCAUAAUUCCUCUUUUAGUAAUAAGAGGAAUACAAACGUGUAUACCCAUAAUCAAUUGGUCACCUAUUCCUCUGUAUGAAACAAAGCAAGUUGGAGGGCGUGAAACGUUUCCGUCAUCAAUCUGUCUUACUUGUAUGCCCACGCUUCGGCAUAUAUUGUAGGCUCUAUUGUAUUCGUCUCAAUGUCUUUGUUUUCUAUUAUCAAGAAGCAGUCAGAAAUAAAAACCAAUACAAGUUUAUGUUUCCUUUUUGUCCUAUUUCGACAAACCUUUUUUUCUACAUGUUUUUAUUUUACAAUGGUCAAAAUCUAUGUGUCGGCGAUUUGUAUUACUUUGUAUUUAUAAUCACUGCAUACUUAUAUUGGUGCAUUGUGUUUUUUUUACACUGAUCUUUUUUAUUAUUAUUAUUAUUGUGGUUUUUUACGAUUUAUGUAUACGUGGUUGUGUAACGUAAUGUCUUUCCUGUAUAUAU